AUGUCGACUGCCACUGAAGGUGCUGUCAUGGUUUUAGCGCGCAUGCGAGAAAACGAGUCCAAAUUAAUACGCGUGAUGAAGAGACUGAUAAAGGAGCGCCGUAGUUUCGCAUCUCAGGUGCUCGCAACGGAAGUUGAUGGAUGGACACCACUUCACGCAUGCGCAUUACAAGGUUCUUUGAAGUUACUGAAGGUAUUUCUUAGUGCUAAUGUGGACAUGAAUAUAACUAUGGGGAAACCGGAAGGGCUCCCUGGAGGGUGCAGUCCGCUCCACAUGGCGUGUCUUAGGGGCGAUGUCGCCGUCAUAGAAUUGCUGUUGUCGAAAGGGUCGAACAUGGAGGCAAAGGACGCUUCCGGCAGGACGCCGGUAACGUACGCCGCCCGUAGACGACACUUGAGGGCAGUUCAUCUGCUUGAGUCACGUGGAGCAAACAUGGCAGUAGUGGAGCUUCCGGUGAAUUGGGCAGAGUGCAUUACGCCUCAAGCCAUGCCCAAAGAUAUGGACCGGAAACACAAAGACCAUGAGUUUGACAUAAGGGCUCCGCACAAAGGAAAGAAGGGAACGAUAAGCAACCUCGGUGGAAUUCCGAAAGGCGUUCAGUCGAUUCGGGAACACUUCAAAGUUAAUGAAUAA